AUGUCUACCUCAAUCCUCAUAGAUAGCUCAGAAGCUUCUUCAUCUCCCCAACCAUCCGCCAUGUCAGAUACGCUGUCAAUGGGUUCGCCUCCCAGGCAGGCAAAUGGACAGAAGGAGAGACGCAAUCCCUCAGUCACUCCCCGCAAAUUCAAUCGAUUUUUCACUCCUCGAUCCCAUGGCUAUCGACAGACAACGGCUUCGCGCCGGGCCCUGAACGAUAUCACUGCACCUGCCAAUAACCACAAUACUGUCCAGUCGAGUCCCUUGCGGCCUAAGGACUCCUCUGAUAAUCAAGAAAACCAGAGCCCAUUGCUCUUCGAAAGAGAUCUGAAGAGACGAAAGCUUGUCCAUACCCCUGAUGGAUCUCCAGAGCGGUCCUUCUUGAGCAAGAGAAAGGGAGUCAUAGCUGGCAAUGGUGGAAAAGCGAGGGGCAGCUCGCAGAAUAUCCCGUCUUCUCCAUGCGAGCGUGUCGUCAGAAGUACGCUAUAUACCGAGGACAUAGAGGAAUUGGAAGAAUUGGAGGGGGUUGAGGCGGAAGUGUAUGAUGACGAGGACGAAGAACCGUUUCUUCCCCCGAAACCUGUAGAGCGUAUUGUUCCCUUGAGCGAUCGUGGACUUGCCGGACGUCUAUUACAGUUAAGUCUGGGUAACUCGUUACGCCAGCAUCAUGAAUAUCCUGUCAAUGAUUGGCAAGACGAAACAUCCUCAUUCUACAGCAAACCUUCAGAUGUCCACACAUGUACCAGUAUAGAGUCUGGAGCUCUUUGUAUUCCUUUUUCUGUCGCAAGUUGUAAUACGAUUGGAGAUGAAGAAGGUCGAGUGCGGCUCCUCGAGUCCGGACGGAAUGGAAAACCAGCGUUCAAGGAUCCAUAUCUCUCCUUCCGUGUACACACUAAUGCCAUAAUUGACAUGUGCUUUACCGACGAUGAUACAUUUCUGGCAACAGCCUCGGGAGAUUCCACCGCCAGGGUGGUAGACAUGACUACACAGACCACAAUUGGCAUUUUCGGCAAUCAUGUAGCCUCAUUGAAGCAAGUACGAUUUCAACCUGGGACGAACAACAAGAGUGUACUAGCUACGUCAAGUAGAGACGGUAGUGUGCAAUUGUGGGACCUGAGAUGCAAAGGGCGUAACGGCCCAGUAAACGAGCUCUCGGUCCCUGUUCAACCACCCCACAGGACUACAUUUCGAUCAGAAAAUGCAAAGAUACUGUUUGGCAUUCCUGUCAAUGGUAUUUAUGACGCCCAUCGGCCACUUGAAACCCCCGGACAGACGCACACCAAUAUCCUGUCUGACGCCGCUAGCCGUGGAGAUGUCCCAAGGAGAGCUGGAGAUGUAUCAGUAACUGCCAUUGAGUUUCUUCCGGGCCACGACAAUCUUCUCCUCACAGCCUCUGAAGCCGAUGCCUCUGUCAAAUUGUGGGAUAUUCGAACCCUGCACAGUAAACGCAAGGCCCAAAUACCGCUCUCCUCAACUGCAAAGCCCCAAACUCAUAACCAAUGGCGACAUUUCGGCAUCACAUCUAUGAAUCUCAAUACAGAUGGCAGCAGACUCUACACUCUUUGUAAAGACAAUACAGUCUAUGCUUAUUCAACAGCUCAUCUGAUGCUCGGUCAUGCGCCAGAACUCUCCUCCGCCAACAACGGUCGACGCGCCCCGGCUCGCCAGACGCAAGAAGGCUUAGGACCAUUAUACGGGUUCCGACACCCUCGUUUACAAGCCACGUCCUUCUACGUAAAAUCCGCCAUCCGCAAAGCAAAAGAUGGUAAAAGCGAGAUGUUAGCCGUAGGAAGCAGCUGGGGAGCCGCAGUGCUCUUUCCAACCGAUGAACGAUACCUCCCAAAACCUCUCCCUUCAUCACCAGAACACAACUGGUUAGCUACAAGCAAGCGCGCCUCCAAAACAGCAACAGGUACAGGCAGCAGACUUGAUGACGAAUCUAUCCCCAUCUCCACGCACGGCACCCCGCUCCUACGAGGUCACGACCGCGAAGUAGGCUCCGUAGCCUGGAACUCCGACGGCGAACUUAUAAGCGUCGGAGACGAUUUCCUCGUCCGCGUAUGGCGCGAAGGAGGAGAUGAGGCGCGGGAUCUGAGGAUGGGUGGUGAGGCCGAGGGCCGGAGAUGGGGGUGUGGGUGGGCGGGGGUUGGUGAGGGGUAUGAUGAGGAUGAUGAUUAA